AUGACUGGACAUACAACCUUGGAAGUUCGCACACAACGGCGAUUUGGCGAGACUGCCAAACCUGGGAGUCAUUUGUAUGUGGAUGGCACAACAGAGAACCAUUCGGCAAAGUACCACACAUUCCCUUCAACAACUGAAAGAAAACAAGGAGGUGGAAAAGAUUAGAGCACUGGCGCAAAAUCAUCUUUUCUUACUCCCAUUAAUAAUGGUAGGUCUCCAACCGCAGGUCCUCUCAAGUAGGUUGAGAACUAAUGCAGAGAAGGCUUUUCAACAACGACCCCCCUCCUGAAACUACCAAAUGACCUUCUCUAUAUCAUUUUCGACGAACUUGAAAAGGAUGGAAGCUCUCACGAAACAUUGCGCGCGCCAAUUUCUCUCAUGUUAGGAAUGACAUGUAAUCGACUUUAUGAUCUACACUGGGAACGUCACGGCCGAGUUGAACUUAUCUUUAUACCUCCUAUAUUUGGCGAAGAGGAAUGGAAACGACAGAUCAGAAAUUUAUCUUACCCACUGCUUCCAUUUGUUGUGCAAAAAUAUGCUGGUCAGACAUGUUCCAACAGAAAAUAUACCAUCAUGUUGCCGGCGCGUUUACCUAACGACUACCGAAUCCUAUUCUUUCCGUCUGUCCACAAAGAACAAGGGAAUUUUGGCUAUGAAGUAUCGAGCAUUAAAGCAAUAGGUGGUCAAGCUUUGGAUCGCGGUCCUCGGUAUAAUGUUGAGAAUUAG